UUUUUAUGAUUAUCAUCAAGUUUGAUCAAAUGGAUUUAAUCUGAAUCGGUGGCAAAGUCUAUCGAAAUCAGCAUGGGAGAUUCGCGUCUGUCGCACACCAUGAUGAGUCUUCGAACAACAACUUUACCACCCCUAAUUGGAAACGAGGAUGGGUUCGAAACUUCCUCUAUCAUCGCGGUCCUGGUCCAGGUCCUUAUAUGCAUAUGGACCAUUUCAGCAAACGGACUAGUCUUGGUGACCGUGUGCGGGUCACGACAGCUUCGGAGCGUUAUGACGUCAUUCCUCAUCAGUCUAGCAGCCGCCGAUUUCCUUCUGGGCGUGGGAAUGAUUCUCAGUAUUACCAUUACAAUAUGGACCACGCCCUUCUGGCCUUGUCUUAUCACGUACAGCAUCCUGAUUGGACAAUGCGUCGCGAGCGUUUGGAGUCUGAUGGGCGUGGCCGUCGAUCGCUAUCUUCAUAUCGUGGGUAACAAAAUGAAAUGGCGGAUCACCGAACUCUUCGCUCAGGUAUCUAUCAUGAUGGUGUGGGUCGCAUCAUUCACCACCGCGGCUGUACCCCUUCUCCUAUUCAUGAACUCACCGGGUGGGUUUGAAGAGGGAAAGUCUUGUUUUAACUUCACAGCCCUCUUCCCGAAAUUUUACCUCGAGUUUGUAUUCUACGGGCACGAGUGCGUACCGGUGCUUUUUAUGGGGUUCAUAUAUUUCCACAUCAUCGUGAUCCUUCUGCAGAGAGUGCGACGCGUUGAUCCAAUUGGCGAACCCGCCGUUGGUGAAAAUAAUAUCAUAAAAUACCGUAAGGAACUCAAGGUCAUCAUUAAACUCGUCAUUCUUCUCACCGUCUUCAGUAUAUGCACAUUCCCAAUGGUGAUUGGUAUUCUCCUCGAGAUCUACAAACCGAACUUGAUUCUUCCGCCGAUCACUCGGCUCACCAUGGUUGCCCUCACGUACUUGAACAGCGCCAUCAACCCAGUGCUCUUCUGGUUCUUCAAUGUGCAGUUCCGCAGGAGCUGCGGACGUCUUCUUCGCAACGCAUGUCAGGCGUUAACGUCGUGUGCUUGUUUCUCUCGUUCGGCCACCGCGGUUUACAACGUGAAUACAGGUCCCCGUGGGCGUCAAUCUUCGUCUAGUCCUACAGCUCUACCAACCAUUAACCUCACCACCUAUCACUGUGAUGAGAUGGGCUGUAAAAGGACUCACCAUCGGGAGAACAUACAUAACGUCCCAUCAGUGGGUGGUGACGACGUUAAAAACAAAGAGACAUGUUCCAGAGAAGCGUGCCAAAAUGACCCGGAACUACCGGGAACGGUUCACAUUGAUGUAGAUGUCACAAGGUCGGAAGAAUCUACUGUGUCAUAAAUAGAAAUUGUGUACCAAUAAUCAUUUUAAAGUUCUUUCAAGCUUCAGGUAUUUGGUUGUAUUCAUUUCUAUUUAGUGCACGGGUCGAAAUAACCAAGUACAGCGUUUUUUGUGUGCUCAUCUGUCUUUAAUGAAUUUAAACAAUUUAAACAACUACAUAUACUUCCACUUCUUUCUGCUUUUUGUAGCAAUUCAUUUUAGUUAUAGUAAAAUAUCAAUUCUUUCACUCAUUUCAUUAUUACCCUUAAAGGUACUAUGUCCCAUUAGCAGGCCAAAAACAAAUUAAAAGGUUUAAUUCCAACGG